GUCAGCGUAAGGUGCUGGUGGUCACUUCUGCUUGUGGAAAUGCCCCCGUUCCUCUGAGAUACGACGGCGAUCCCAACCCCACUUCUAAACUCUUCAUGCAGAGGCACCCCCAGGCCUUUCCACCCACAUCUGGGGUGGCCCUUUCUAAUCCCCUCCCCUCCGUUAUUGCCCAGGAGAAAAUCCCAUCUGGAAGCCUUUAGGGGGGGACAAGGAGAUGCUGCAACCGGCCUUCAAGUGAACAGGUACGGCCCCAGGGCUGAGGAGGGCUCCGUGGCCCCAGGCUGGGGCGCCCGGCAGAGGGCCGGCAGCCACGGGCCAUUGCUCCUGAUAGCGGCCACGUCCUGUUUGCAGACUGCAUCGAUCCCUCCUCAAACACCAGGUGUGGCAGAAGAGCCCUGCUGGCCUGAAUCCGGGGGCACUGGGUCCCCCCCGCCCAGCUGCUUGCCCCCUCCCCUCCCCCCACUAGACACAGUGCUAGCGAGGGGCUCCAGGCCUCGGGCCCUGGGGACACAGUGGGGGCCUGUCCCGGUCCCCCAGAAUUUGUCUCCCGCCGGCCCUCAGUCCCUGAGUGCCCCCAGCCCCUCAUCUCGGAAGCAGCAUCCCGCCCCCUCAUCUUCAUCCCGCCCCCUCCAGGAGCACUGAUGGGCCCCAGUGGGCAGGGCAGGGGGUGCGUUCGGGCUGGGAGGGGCCUGGAGGGCUUCAUAAGGCUGGACUGGAGCGGGGAGCAGAGCAGAGCAGAGAGAGGCUCCCCGGCAGACCGACAGCCACACCCCAGCUCUGCAGGUGAGAGCAUCUGGGCACGGUGUGGGGGGGUCCUUCCCAUCAUCAAGCUCCCGGGCUCCCAGCUCCGUGUCCCCCAGGGCAGGGGACUCUGUCCUGAGUCCAGGUCCGAGCUGGCCCUCCAGCAGCCCUGCCCUGCCCUUUCUCGGUGCCCUCCAGCCCUAGACGAAGAGGACAACAGCUAUUCUCCCAUUUCUCUGGUGAGAAAACUGAGGUCCAAGGGAGCUGGCACAGGGAGCCAGGACUCUUGGGGAUCCAUCUCCAGUCCUGUCCUAGACAGCACCAUCAUGAAAAACUUUCCACAUCCACUCUAUCCACCACUGGAUAGAGGGGGGUCCACUGUUGGACAUUGUGCACGGAGCAGGGAUGAUUUCUCAUUUUUAAUUUUUUGUAUGCCUUUAUUUGGGGAUCCACAGCUGGAGGUGAUCCAGGGUCACUCCUGACAGUGCUCAGGGGACCAUGCAGUGUCAGGGAUCAAACCCCGAGCUCCUACUUGCAAAACACGUGGGUCCGCCCAUUGAACCAUCUUUCCGGCCCCUCGCUGGAAUUCAUUUCUGUUGUUUUGUCUUGAGGCCAUAGGUGGUGAAGCUCAGGGCUUACUCCUAGCUCUGUGCUCAGGAAUCACUCCUGGCUGGGCUGAGGGGACUUUAUACGGGCUGGAGAUCAAAUCCAGGUUGGGCACAUACAGCACAAACGCUUUACCCACUGCACUAUCCUUCCAGCGCCUCACUUGAAUUCAUUUCAGUGUAGCAUUGGUCUAGAUCCCCCAAGGCCUCAGUUUCCUUUUUCAGUACUCCUGGUUUUGGGGGGGGAGGUUGGCAUGCCAUGCUUAGGAGACCACCGGGGCUAUGCCUCACGGUGUGCCAGCAGGCAGGUCACACCAGAGACCCAACUCCGAGCCCCCCACGUGUGAGCGCGGGACUCUGGACGGCUGGCCGCGUCCGGGCAGCGUCCUCCAGCCUGGCCCUCCCUCCGUCUCUCCCUGCAGCCGAGAUGCAGCCUCUCUGCGUGCACACGCUGAUCGCGGCGCUGAUGCUGGCCUCCUUCUCCGAAGCUUCUUGGAGGCCCCGCGCCCAGCCGCCGGCCGCACCCUCGGGGCCAGGGGCCAACAGGGACGUGGAGGCACAGUGGCGGGAGACCCUGGGCCCAGCCUCUCCCCACCUGCAAGGCCCCCCACACCAGGUGGCAGACCUGUCCAAGAAGCAGGCACCAUGGCAGGAGGAAGAGGAGGCCUAUGGAUGGAUGGACUUCGGCCGGCGCAGCGCCGAGGACACCGACCCUCAUCCGUAGGGGCCAACACCCUCCCCCCC